UCAAGGGUGACUCAACCCCAAACUGAUAGAAACAAAUAUAAGGAUCAUUAUUAUGCACAGAACUGAAAGGAAAUCAGGAAACUUGAAUUCAAAUCCAUUUCACUACAAGCAUUAUGUGUCCUUGGGCAAGUCUCAAUCUUUUUGGGCCUCUAUUUCCUCAUCUGUAACACAGAGAGAUUGUUCUGGGUCCUCUAAACUGGGUACUCCGUGAUCUGGCCUUAAAGUCUUAUGAGAAACAAAAAACUAAAAAUAAUUGGCAUUGGAAUCUGAAGCUCGUUGGUUUAAUACCUAACUUUUAGAGUUACUGGCAGGAUUACUGUGGACAGAUUUCCUAAUCUGCGUAAUAGGAGUAAUUACUAUUCAGUCAAGUUGUUGUUGUUGAAUUAAAUGAGAUAAUACAGAUCCAAAAGAGUUUUUGUUCUAUAUUCAGGUACUUAGUAAAUGUUCAUUUCCUUUCCCCUUAGAAGGUGUUAGAUCUCAUGAGUAGACUUAUCUGAGAUAUUAGAAAGACAUAAUUUUCCACUUUGCUAAAUGCUAGCAUUACAGAUGUAACCAGGGACCAGAACAACUGGCUUUUAGUUUCAUUUUCUUAGAAACCCAUUCGACUGUCAAAUAUCCACGUGUUACACAGCUUGGGAAGUAAUUGUGCUUAGAAAUUUCAAAUAUGGCAGGAUAUCAAAUGCUAAGCUAUCAAUAUAUCUGUAAUAUGAAGGAGAGAGUCUGGUGACCUAAUACAUCUCCACAAAGAUAAGUGAAAAUCAGACUUGAUCACUCCAGAAGGGGACAGGUUAAAACUGAGGGUAAUUUAUAAAAGAAGACACAGAAAAUUUGGGGAAAUCUCUGUUCACCAAAGCUUAAAACUCAGGGAUCAUUAUAUGGUAAUUUCUAGGAGGUAUAGGAAAUAUACCUCUGCUCAGGGCUAAUUCCAGAAGAGAAGAUUGUACUUGAGAUGAGAGUGGCAAUUUCAGAUAUCAACAGACUGAAAUUGGUAUUUGGGAGCCCUGUCUUUUAUAUAGUUAUUUUAAGCUUUAUUUGGUAAUAGAGAGCAACCUUACACAUAAUGUAAUAAUAUCUCUUUGCUGAAGUUUUUUGAUACCAAUCUUAUUUUUAUAUAAAUCGAAUUGGCAUGCCUGAGUUUUCCCAUAAGUUUAUGUUUAAAGUGAGUUUUAUUACCAAUCAUUUUGGGGGAAAAUGCUGUAAUAAAAAUUGAAAACUAUGGGGAGAAGAAACUGAAGUGUUAGGGCAUAAGAAAGAAAUAUGAAGCAACACGUAAUGAAUGAAGUCUGAGGAUUCAACUUGAAGAUUUGAGAUUUCCAUCAUUCAAAAAGAUUUCUGCUUUGGGACAGCCACGAAUCUAAUUCCUUAAAAUAGUUUUAUAUGUAAAACUUCUAAAGGAUCAGAACAAUGCCUCCAAGACCAUCAUCGGGUGAACUGUGGGGCAUCCACUUGAUGCCCCCGAGAAUCCUAGUAGAAUGUUUACUACCAAAUGGAAUGAUAGUGACAUUAGAAUGCCUCCGUGAGGCUACAUUAAUAACUAUAAAGCAUGAAUUAUUUAAAGAAGCAAGAAAAUAUCCUCUCCAUCAACUUCUUCAAGAUGAAUCUUCUUACAUUUUCGUAAGUGUUACCCAAGAAGCAGAAAGGGAAGAAUUUUUUGAUGAAACAAGACGACUUUGUGACCUUCGGCUUUUUCAACCCUUUUUAAAAGUAAUUGAGCCAGUAGGCAACCGUGAAGAAAAGAUCCUCAAUCGAGAAAUUGGUUUUGCUAUUGGCAUGCCAGUGUGUGAAUUUGAUAUGGUUAAAGACCCAGAAGUACAGGACUUCCGAAGAAAUAUUCUGAAUGUUUGUAAAGAAGCUGUGGAUCUUCGGGAUCUUAAUUCACCUCAUAGUAGAGCAAUGUAUGUCUAUCCUCCAAAUGUAGAAUCUUCACCGGAACUGCCAAAGCACAUAUAUAAUAAACUAGAUAAAGGGCAAAUAAUAGUGGUGAUUUGGGUAAUAGUUUCUCCAAAUAACGACAAGCAGAAGUAUACUCUGAAAAUCAACCAUGACUGUGUGCCAGAACAAGUAAUUGCUGAAGCAAUCAGGAAAAAAACUCGAAGUAUGUUGCUAUCAUCUGAACAACUAAAACUCUGUGUUUUAGAAUAUCAGGGCAAAUAUAUUUUAAAAGUGUGUGGAUGUGAUGAAUACUUCCUUGAAAAAUAUCCUCUAAGUCAAUAUAAGUACAUAAGAAGCUGUAUAAUGCUUGGGAGGAUGCCCAAUUUGAUGCUGAUGGCUAAAGAAAGCCUUUACUCCCAACUGCCAAUGGACUGUUUUACAAUGCCAUCUUACUCCAGACGCAUCUCAACAGCUACACCAUACAUGAAUGGAGAAACAUCUACAAAGUCCCUUUGGGUCAUAAAUAGUGUACUCCGAAUAAAAAUCCUUUGUGCAACCUAUGUGAAUGUAAAUAUUCGAGACAUUGACAAGAUCUAUGUUCGAACAGGUAUCUAUCAUGGAGGAGAACCCUUAUGUGAUAAUGUGAACACUCAAAGAGUACCUUGUUCCAAUCCCAGGUGGAAUGAAUGGCUAAAUUACGAUAUAUACAUUCCUGACCUUCCUCGUGCUGCUCGACUUUGCCUUUCCAUUUGUUCUGUUAAAGGCCGAAAGGGUGCUAAAGAGGAACACUGUCCAUUGGCCUGGGGAAAUAUAAACUUGUUUGAUUACACAGAUACUCUAGUAUCUGGGAAAAUGGCUUUGAAUCUUUGGCCAGUACCUCAUGGAUUAGAAGAUUUGCUGAACCCCAUUGGUGUUACUGGGUCAAAUCCAAAUAAAGAAACCCCAUGCUUGGAGCUGGAGUUUGACUGGUUCAGCAGUGUGGUAAAGUUCCCAGACAUGUCGGUGAUUGAAGAGCAUGCCAAUUGGUCUGCGUCUCGAGAAGCAGGAUUUAGUUAUUCCCACGCAGGACUGAGUAACAGACUAGCUAGAGACAAUGAAUUAAGAGAAAAUGAUAAAGAACAGCUCCGAGCAAUUUGUACCCGAGAUCCUCUCUCUGAAAUCACUGAGCAAGAGAAAGAUUUUCUGUGGAGCCACAGACACUAUUGUGUAACUAUCCCUGAAAUUCUACCCAAACUGCUUCUGUCUGUUAAAUGGAAUUCUAGAGAUGAAGUAGCUCAGAUGUACUGCUUAGUAAAAGAUUGGCCUCCAAUCAAACCUGAACAGGCUAUGGAGCUUCUGGAUUGUAACUACCCAGAUCCUAUGGUUCGAGGUUUUGCUGUUCGAUGCUUGGAAAAGUACUUAACAGAUGACAAGCUUUCUCAGUACUUAAUUCAACUAGUACAGGUCCUAAAAUAUGAACAGUAUUUGGAUAACCUGCUUGUGAGAUUCUUACUCAAGAAAGCAUUGACUAAUCAAAGGAUUGGGCACUUUUUCUUUUGGCAUUUAAAAUCUGAGAUGCACAAUAAAACAGUUAGUCAAAGGUUUGGCCUGCUUUUGGAGUCCUAUUGUCGUGCAUGUGGGAUGUAUUUGAAGCACCUAAAUAGGCAAGUUGAGGCUAUGGAAAAGCUCAUUAACUUAACUGACAUUCUCAAGCAAGAGAAGAAGGAUGAAACACAAAAGGUACAGAUGAAGUUUUUAGUUGAGCAAAUGCGGAGACCAGAUUUCAUGGAUGCUCUACAGGGCUUUCUGUCUCCUCUAAAUCCUGCUCAUCAACUAGGAAAUCUCAGGCUUGAAGAGUGUCGAAUUAUGUCCUCUGCAAAAAGGCCACUGUGGUUGAAUUGGGAGAACCCAGACAUCAUGUCAGAGUUACUCUUUCAGAACAAUGAGAUCAUCUUUAAAAAUGGGGAUGAUUUACGGCAAGAUAUGCUAACACUGCAGAUCAUUCGCAUUAUGGAAAAUAUUUGGCAAAAUCAAGGUCUUGAUCUUCGAAUGUUACCUUAUGGUUGUCUGUCAAUCGGUGACUGUGUGGGACUUAUUGAGGUGGUGAGAAAUUCUCACACUAUUAUGCAGAUUCAGUGCAAAGGUGGCCUGAAAGGCGCACUGCAGUUCAACAGCCACACACUACACCAGUGGCUCAAAGACAAGAACAAAGGAGAGAUAUAUGACGCAGCCAUUGACCUGUUCACACGCUCGUGUGCAGGAUAUUGUGUCGCUACCUUCAUACUGGGAAUUGGAGAUCGUCACAAUAGUAACAUCAUGGUUAAAGAUGAUGGACAACUAUUUCAUAUAGAUUUUGGACACUUUUUGGAUCAUAAGAAGAAAAAAUUUGGUUAUAAGCGGGAGCGUGUGCCAUUUGUUUUGACACAAGAUUUCUUAAUAGUGAUUAGUAAAGGAGCCCAAGAAUGCACAAAGACAAGAGAAUUUGAAAGGUUUCAGGAGAUGUGUUACAAGGCUUAUCUAGCUAUUCGGCAGCAUGCCAAUCUCUUCAUAAAUCUUUUCUCAAUGAUGCUUGGCUCUGGAAUGCCAGAACUGCAGUCUUUUGAUGAUAUUGCAUACAUUCGAAAGACCCUAGCUUUAGAUAAAACUGAACAAGAGGCUUUGGAAUAUUUCAUGAAACAAAUGAAUGAUGCACAUCAUGGUGGCUGGACAACAAAAAUGGAUUGGAUCUUCCACACAAUUAAGCAGCAUGCUUUGAACUGAAAUGAUAACUGAGAAACCAAAAGCUCAUUAUCUGGAUUCUAUACUGCACUGUUAAUAACUGUCAACAGGCAAAGACUGAUUGCAUAGGAAUUGCACAAUCCAUGAACAGCAUUAGAAUUUACACAAGAACAGAAAUAAAAUACUAUAUAAUUUAAAUAAUGUAAACGCAAACAGGGUUUGAGAGCACUAAACUAGUUCAUUUCAAAAUUAAGCUUUAGAAUAAUGCGCAGUUUCAUGUUAUGCCUUAAGUCCAAAAAGGUAAACUUUGAAGAUUGUUUGUAUCUUUUUUUAAAAAAGAAAAGAAAACAAAAAAUCCCCAAAAUAUAUAGAAAUGACGGAGAAGGAAAAAGAAUGAUGUUCUUUUUUUGUCUUGCAAAUGUUCUAUGUUUUGAAAUUGUGGACACAACAAAGUCUAUCAUUGCAUUAGGUUCAAGGAAACUGAAGUUUGAUGUUAAAUUGCAUUAAUUAAGAUUAGAAAAUAAUGAAGAUUUCUUAUUUUUCCAUUGCUGUUCAAUUUAUAGUUUGAAGUGGGUUUUUUGACUCCUUGUUUAAUGAAGAAAACUGCUUGGGGUGGAAGGCACUCUUGAGAUUUCACCAGAGACUUUUCCUUUUUAAUAAAUCAAACCUUUUGACGAUUUGGGUCUUAUCUACAAAGUUUUGGAAGCAGCCACAAAUGAGACCUGUUAUAAGGUGGUGUUUUUGGGUGUUUUUUUUUCCUGAACAGUAUUUACAAGAAUCUGACUCUUAUUUCCCAGGGAAAUUCUGGGCUCCCACAAAGUACAAUAAUCAUCAUGGAGAAAGAAGGGGCAGGAAGCGCUCCUGCCCCAGGAUUGUACAGUAUUCACCUUAGGUUGAUUUUUUUUCUCCUUUUGCAAUUGAAUUGAAUACAUUUUUCAUGCAUGUUUCCAGAAAAUAGAAGUGAGUAUUAAUGUUAUUAAAAAGAUUAUUUUUUUUAUUAAAGGCUAUUUAUAUUAUAGAAACUAUCAUUAAUAUAUAUUCUUUAUUUACAUGAUCUGUCCCAUAGUCAUGCAUUGUUUUGCACCCCAAAUUUUUUAUUGUCCGUAGCAGCAUGGUCAGCUUUUCUCUCGGGCUGUGGGUGAGGCUCAGGCACUGUUCCAUUUAUACCAAUGACUAGUGUGUAACUACAUAAGAAAACAGAUUAAAGGUCGUCAUCUUUCCUUUUAUUUCUGUUUUCAUAUGAAUCCCCCAUUUUCCACCUUCUUUUAUAAUUAGUUGAAAAUGCCUCAAUCAUGAAACUAGUUACCAAAAUUGACACAAUAUAGCGUUAUCUUCCUGAUUGCUUCAGCCCUUCUCCCGAGGUAUGCUUAUGAAUAAUACUUUAUAAUAUGGGGGAAUAGAAACCAUGAACUUUUUACCUUCUUAGGCUAGUUAUGCAAUAUCUCAAUAAUAAAAGUAGGACCUUAAACCAUUUUAAGAUCAUGUCCCAUUUCCAAGCAGUUAGGGCUCACUCUCCAACUUUGUUAAAUUGCAUUUGAGUACAGGAUAACAUUCUUAAAUACUUUGGAAAACGUUAACCCAAGAUGUAGGGGCUAAUGCUAAUCAUCACUCUAGAAUCUGUUAUUUUACUCAGUAUUUGAAAUGAAUGAUUAAUGCCCUAGGAAAUAGCUUUAGCAAAUGUCCAGGGGCCACACCAGAAAAAGUGCAAUAAUUUACUGACAGUUGUCUAGAGUAGGUGCAUUAUUGGAAAAUGUAACUUCAUGAAAAGUGCACAUUAUAUACUCUAGCAGAACAGCAUCACUUUUACGAUAAUUCACUUAUAAAAUCAGUUACCUAUAGUAGAAGUCUUGAAUAGUGAGCAAGGGACUCUAAUACAAAUACUCUUAAUAUCUGGCUGUUUUAGAACCCUUAAAGGGCCUAAUUAUUGGAGUUUUAGGUACUUCACUAAAGCAUGUACAUAAUAUUGCCAACAAGAAAAAUACAUUUGAAGAUUAGGGGAACUUACUCCUGUAAACUGUCUUGGUAUAGUUAAGAAUUUAAACUCCCAUUUUAAACAGGAGGCCAAAUAGAUUCUUUUGCAGAUAGAGAUUUCAUAACUUACUGAGGCUUCUUCAACAUUUUGUGCCUUUUACUUACAUUCACUUAACACAUGCUAACAUCCCAGUCUUUUCUAUGUCAGGGAUUAAUUACAGAAAACUCAGUGAAAUGGCACCAAUCUGGAACUCUGAUGGUAGAAACUGGAGAUAUAACGGAGAACCUUGUUUUACUCGAGUGCCAAAAAAGCUUUGAGCUUCCUUGCACAAAAUGUAUAUAAUUUGUGCAUCUCUCACAUGAGCCCAGAUAGUCCCCUUCCCCUGGGGCCUCUCCACCAUCAAAACACAAGCCACGCAGCUUAUUUCAUCAUUUACAUUUAUUUUCAAUAGUUAUUACAACCAAGUUAAUUCUGCUUGAAGAAGUGAGACAAAUUUUACUAAGAAUGGAAUUAAGAUUCUAUAGUGAUUUCACUAAAAACAAAGUAAAUUUUACACAAAUCCAAGCGGAGUUUAAGCAAACAACUUUCAAAAUAAGAAGAAAAGGUCAGGUAGUGCUCAGAAGACAAAGAACCAAAAACUGAAUCGAAUACUACAUGGGUGACUAGGAUGUCCAGUCAGUGGCAAGCCGUUUCCGGGUACGGCAGUGUCUGGUCACCCGCGCCCCCCCGCCCCAUGAAUUGGUUAGUUCCUGUGGCCGACCAUCCUUGUCACUGAAUAUGGUAUAAUUGUUGACUCAACAGUCUUAUUUGGUCACUUGAGAAAUAUUUCCUUCAAUGACUUUUGGAGGGGGAAAAAAAAAGCAGGUUUAAAGAACCUAAAGGAAAUAAAACCUAAUUUUAAACAUAUUCUAGUAAGAUAUAAGCUGAAAAUCAUGUUUUAACUUUUUAUCAUACUCUCAGCUAUACAGAAUCAUUUAUUUUGAAGAUUUUUAGACUGCUGUUAAUUUGAAAUCUGUUAAUCAUAUUGUAGAAUUUGGUUUUUAAAAAAGAUGUUUCUAAUUGGAUUUUUUUAAAGAAGAAUGGAAUUUGGUCACUAUUUUCUGAUAGAACCUAAACUUUUUGUGGUUCUUAGUGUCCUCUGUAAAACUCAGUGUCAAAGUAAUCAACUUUGAGGUUUUCCCUUCUAAUCUGCUUUAUAUUACAAGCCCUUUAGGAAAUGGGAACCUGGUGAAUAUUACAAUGAAUUGUAAAAUAUUUUAAUGUGUAAUUUUUUUCAACUGUGAAACUAUGACUAUUGGUUUUUUGAUGAAAACAGCUGCUGAUAAAGUAUUUUGUGUAAAGUGUAGUUCUUAUUAAUCAGGAAAAUAAUCAAUGACUUGAUUAGAAUGUA